AUGCGGGACGGCGGACUAGGAAAGCUUCACAAGCGGAUGCGGCGGUUUGGAGAUACGUUGAAUCCAGACGACGCUUACCUUAGCUAUCAUGACAUCAGGUUGACAAGAGGCGACCUGCAAUCUCUCAAGGAUGACUGGCUUACAGAUAAUAUUAUAUCCUUUUGGGAGGAGUACUUGGAACGGGAGUUCCUCGUUCAGUACAAAACCUCCAAUAUUGUCCUUCUUCGACCGAGCAUGUCCUUUAUGAUUCUACAGACGCCGAACCCGCAUUCGCUGCGCGAUGCUCUGCCGGACUUUAGCCGGACCACGCACGUCUUUCUUCCGAUCAACGACUGCCGAAAUGUCACAGAGGCCGAAGGUGGUACGCACUGGUCUUUGCUACUAAUAUCAAUAGUGGAUGGAAUAGCGUUCCACUACGAUUCCCUACCGCCAGGCAACUACUGGGAGGCGAAGACCGCCACUGCGAAGUUUGGAGCUCUUCUAAACCGUCCUAUCCGGUUCGUCAACCUUGAGGACUCACCCGUACAGGAGAACGGCAGUGAUUGCGGCGUGUUCGUUUGCUUGAGUAUGCGGCACCUGCUGCUGAAACGGUUGCUCAAGGCCAACUCGACCGAGAAGAUUAGUAUGAGCCUGGGUGGGUGGAAGGUAGACGCGCGCUCGGGGCGCAAAGAAAUAGCCAAAACGAUCGAGGGCUUCCGAAAGGAAGGUGAAAGGCGAAGAUCGUAUGUUGCUCUCAGCCUGGUUCCUUUCUCUUUGCUCACAUCCUUUCAGGGCAAGUUUAAGCCCCGCGGGCAAGAAAUCGAACAGCCCUCCGCGGAUUGA